CUUCACACGCUGAAAGCUACGGAUACUCACUUUACCAAGAAGCAUGGAUGUCCCUCAAACAUGCGAUUGAUGCUGACCUCAGCCAAGUCUCUGGCUCCAUUUUCCAAAAAAUCGACCGGUUCAUUCGGAACAAUCACAACAACUGGCUUAGUGCUAGCGGACUGACCCCUGCGCGACAGUUAAACGAUACCAAUUUCUUCCCCGGUGUCCGAACCGGACAGAUCCCUACCGCUCUCUUAUUAGCUGGCGUGAACACUCCAGACCACAGCCUCAUUUAUCGGCAAAUUUUCUCGUCGGUAUUGAUGCAAAAUGGUCGUGUUGCCUUGAUCAACCCUGGCACCGACACAGCUUCCUCCCAUUUGCUUGUCGCGUCCGCCGUCAAACAGUUCCUGCAGCCUGACCGAGACGCCAUUGGAGCACUUAACCCGGGUUUACCGCCCACAAUUCUCCUAGAUGAUGAUGAACUAUUUACUCAAGAUAAUUCUCUUCAGUCCUUUACAUCAACAACAAAGUUCACUUACUUGGCCCUAUCCGAAUGGUACCAUACUCGGAAAAAGAUAUCAAAACAUCAAUCACCUUCAAAUCUAUCCAGAGAAACGUCAAUCCCAGCUCCCCAUUCUCGAAGGAGUCUCAGUCAGCCCAGUGCAAAGGUCCCAGGCAGGCAACUUCGGAGUAGCAUGUUUCCGCGUUCUAACCAAGCUCCACGUAGUCUCGGACACCGAGCUGUUGAUGUGGAGUCAGACGUUCAUGCAAAAGCCAUCACACCCGUCAGCAAGAGAUCUUCAUCUGUUUUAUCUGAUCGGACCAAGGAGGUGAGCCUAAACAAUGCCGGGCCCUUGGUAAUCAUAUUACCUCAAGUCGAAUCUAUCCCGAGUCAUGUUUUGGAAGAAUUUAUCCAUCUGACUUCUAUCUACCGCUCUGGAUCAUCCGACGGUUGCUCUCGCGGAUUACCUAUUUACCUGGUUCUCGGUCUUUCCACAAGCCCCGAGAUUGGGUUUGAAUCACGUCUAUGUGCUUCCACGUUGGGUCGCUUGAAGACUGAGCGCUUUACUGUCCCACCUCCGGCCGCGUUUCUGGAGACCGUCUUCGAAGCGCUCAUUCAAUUCCCUGGUUUUCGUCUGACUCACUCCAUGAUCACCCAUCUUGUGGAUUCACUAUUCCUUUGUCUCGACUAUUCCGUGCAAAAUUUCAUGCGUCGGAUUCAGUUCUGCAUGCUAGAACACUAUUUGAACUCUCCGAACCCAGAGUUACUACUACCGAUCGAACGGGCUCGUGCUUAUUUGACCACACUUCCACCAACUGAAUUGGCCAAUAUGUUAACUCUUCACUACCCAUCGGUCACCAGCCUUGUGACCGAUCCGUCCAUAUCACCUCCCGUCAGCCCAACUGGUCGGGUGAAGACGAAGCCCACUGUUGUGGAUCGAUUGGUUACUCAAUUAGCUUCACACUGGAAAGUGCAAUAUCUCGUUUCGCCCGUAUUGAGUUGGUUUCAAUUCAUCUGCUCCUCGCUUUCUGCUCAACCGCUUGGAAAAUCGACGCUUGCUCUCUACCGUACCUGGCUCAAGAACGGUUUGACACAAUCAGAGGAAUUCAAGUUGACGCUAAACUUGCUCAGCGGCCUGACGAAAGAUAACUUGCUUCAGGCAAUAGAUCGAGCCGCUGGUUGGUUGGAGUCACAUCUACAGGACGAAAAAGUUGGUAGAUUCUGCAACCUCUGGUCUCCCAGCAUCGUCCAAGAAUGCUGUUCGGAACUCCGUGAACUAGAGAGGACCACGAGGGACUGGUAUCAAUCAUUAGAUGCCGCAUCUACGAAAAUAAACACGGGUUCCGGAAUCACAGGGCUGGAAACUGAUCCGGAAGGCUCACCCGUCGGAGUCAGUCCGGCCGCACAAGCAUUGAACGGGAAGCAAAAGAUCAGUCGCUGGGGACUGCGUCAGCAUCUUCAGCAAAUCGCGGCUUCCUCUCCAGCGCGUUACAGUUCGCCUUGCAGUCGACCGCAGACGCCGUGGGAACAAGAACGAUCCGCAUUUCUAACCUGGCUACGAUGUGAAUUGUCUCGACUAAUACCUUGUCCAAGUAAUCUACCCCUACACGAAGUCUUCUACGGACCGAUCGGACAACGAACUACAGAUUCUAGCCCUCACCAAAUGAUUUCCCUGUCUGUUCGCAGGCGGUUGAACCCACCUUAUCAGAAGUGUGUACAUCAGGCACUUCGUGAUCCGGGGACAUAUCUGCAGCGCCUUUGGGAAGAAAUGUCCUCCCUAGUGCCCAUGGACCUAUUUGGAGUCAGUCCAAGUGAUUUCUUCGAACCUUCUGGCGAUGUGCACUCUGUAAUCAAUCGAAUGGACCAUCAACUGCAUGCAUUGGCUCAACACAUGGAACAAGAGACCAAUCAGGCUGCACCAACAGAAGGAGAAAAGUUGGGAUCGCUGGUUCUACGGACCAGUAGCAGCUCGCUUGAUUUCCUCAAAGACGCCUAUCAACUUGGUGAAGAUGACCGAGUACACUUCAAUGUUCCGUUCGGUCUACAGGGCUAUGGGCCGGACGGUAUCGAAGUGUCCACAUCUGACAAUGGUCUGACCUUAAGCAUCAAACCACACUCCGAGACUGAGGUUGGACAAAAGCGAAAAUCCGAAGAUGCAUUAGCAAACCAACCAACUGGUGUUCUCAGACCGACUGUUCUAAAGGACGACAAGUCUGGAGGCGAAAGGUUGCAUGUGGAGAUCCCAGCCGACCCGGAAUUCACUGCGGACGACUUGUGCGUACGAAUGGACGCAAACCGCGUCGUGGUAUCCGGUAAAGGGAAGACUAUGGACAAAACUGACAAUUCGAGUAGCACCUUCAUCAAAGAGUUUUCACGUUCAUAUGAUGUGCCACGAACGGUUGACACGUUCUCUAUUUCACAGUUCCAGCUCGAUUCACCAGACAGUCUCAGUCCAGCUCUACCGGACUUGUGCAUCCUCUAUAAGCUUCAUCUGGAGUCGACAAAGAUGAUCAAUCUCUAUGACUGGCUCAUGGCUUUCGCAACCGUGCUUGGAGAGGAAGUUGACAGAGAGCAUCCACCUGCAAAAGCUACACAAGCUCGGUUCUUCCACGGGAUAGCACAACUCCACCAGUUUGGAUACAUCAAACCAACGCGUCAAAAAGCAGACCAUGUAAUGCGAUUGACAUGGGGUAUCGCUGUUUGAACUCCAGAUUUCCACACUCGGCAUUUCUCUGUCCUGAUGAGAACUGAUCUGAACUUUCGUUUUUACUGGCACUUGAGAUGUAGACCUAGUUAUUUUUCUAUCACUCUUCUAUGUUUUUUGUGGGUAUUUUUGUAACUCACCAUGUUUUAUAGCACUCCAAUGAAUAGAUUUU